UGGGUGGACCGCAUCGUCGUGUUUUAUGCCAUCCCUACCUCUUCGGUGGGGAUGGGCACUGGAGGUAGGCAGGCAUGGUCUCCUGCGAGUGCCCCCCUUUCCCCGAUUUCUUAUUUGGAGAAAUUUGUGGAAAUAAUGAGGUACACACACAAAUCCGGUGCUCACCCUCCCUGCCUCCCCUCCCCAUUGGCUGAGCCGGUCACAUGGGCGGCCAACUUUAUUCAGUUGACAGCAAGUAGGAGGGCUCUGUGGAAGGGGUGGGAAAAAAAAAAGAAGACAACACGAGGGCGAAAAAAAAAUUAGUAUUUUUCCACCUCCUGAAAUUAAUGGCCAUGAGUUCCUACAUGGUGAACUCCAAGUAUGUGGACCCCAAAUUCCCCCCUUGCGAGGAGUACCUGCAGAGCGGCUACCUAGCGGAGCAGGGCUCGGACUACUACGGCGCCUCGCCAGGCUCGGCCUUCCAGCAUCACCAGGGCAUCUACUCGCGGUCCAACUACAACGAGCAGCCCUACGUCUGCAGCAAUGCCCCGGGCUCGGCCGAGCAGCCGAGGGGUCACGGGCAGGACUCGCACUCGGGGCCGCCGGCGGGUCACUUCCCCGGGCAAGCUGAGCACUGCCCACCGCCUCCCUUGCCAGCUGCCAGGACCUGCGCCCAGCAGCCAAGCCUCAAGAGCUCCAACGGGUCACCGGCGGCGGCAGCAGCAGCAGCUGCGACAACAGCCACAGCAGCCACCAAGCAGCCAGCGGUGGUCUAUCCCUGGAUGAAGAAGGUCCACGUGAACUCGGUGAACCCCAAUUACACCGGAGGAGAGCCCAAGCGCUCCAGAACCGCCUACACCAGGCAGCAAGUCCUGGAGCUGGAGAAGGAGUUCCACUUUAACCGGUACUUGACCAGGCGCCGCCGGAUCGAGAUCGCCCACACUUUGUGUCUCUCGGAGCGGCAGAUCAAGAUCUGGUUCCAGAACAGGCGCAUGAAGUGGAAGAAGGACCACAAGCUCCCCAACACCAAGGGCCGGUCCUCUGCCUCGGCCCCGGCCCCCGGCCAACACUUACAGACGGUUCCCAAGGACCACCAGACGGACUUGACCACUUUGUAGGCAACUUUGUAGGCGUGGGUCCGUUUGGGCGCUUUGGUUCGGAUCUCAAGGGCCCCGGGACAGAAAUGAAGGGACACAGGCGGCAGGGAGAAGAAGGAAAGACCUCCCCGCCAAAGAUCUUCCUUGGCUCUGCAGCAACCUGCCCUCACAGUAGCAACAGCUAACAACUCCCCGAAUUAAGGUACUGGAGGAAAACCCAAUGCUAUUAUGGACUUCAUAGGAAUCAUGCUCAAAAGCAGAACAAAUCAGUCAGUGAAACAAACAAACUCUGCAUCCAGGUGGUGAGAAAGUGAUAAAUAUAUCUAUAUAGCUAUAUAAAGAUAAUAUUUUUAAAUGAAACUACGCACAACAACACACCAUUGUGAAGGACAUACCUGGGGGAGUGGGUGUUGUGCCUUCAAUCUACAAGGAGAAGGUUAGGGGUAGGUGGGGGUUUCUUGUUUAUGGGUUAGCUGUUUUAUCUGGUCCCCUGCUCCCCAAUUCAAGAUGCCCUUCAGGGUUUGUCCUUUUGGGUCAGUCCAAAAACGAACUCUUUGGCUGUAAAUGUGGCAACGAAGUACUCUGCAUUUUCAAGGAAAGGCUCCUCCAUUCCUCUGACUCUUUUCAGAAAUAUUUUUAAAAAGGAAAUGAAACGGGUUAUUUUAAUGUUUUUUUAAAAAUGUAUUAGUGUAUUUAUUUAUUUGUUGCUUAGGCAGAAAGGGAAAAGUUAGAACUGUGAAACCAAAAAGAGAAAGAAAAAAGAAACCCAAAAGAGGACGAAAGCAAGCAUGUUCUUUCCCUGGCCCUGGUCCAACGAAGCUGACUCAGAUUUUGUUUGUACAAAGUUUUUUAAAAUGUGUUCUUCUCUCCCCCCCUUUUUCGUAAUCUUCUGUACAUAGCAAAAGUGUGUUCUAGGAUUUAGAGAUGUGGAGCAAAGCAGGAUAUCCUUUUGAAAUUAAAUGGACUCAAAGCUUU